AUGCAGACCCUUGAGGCCAUGCCUGAAGACAUGCGUCUUCUAAUAGUUUCGAAAGUAGGCCAAAACUCCCACGUCGACUACUUCAAUACGGUACUGACAUGCAGAAGCCUAAGCUUUCGUCCAGACAACCCCUCUGUUGCCAAAGAUCUCAACCUCUCGCCUUUUGUUAAGAAGCCACUCCUAUCCAAUCAGUACGAAUCAUUAAUGGACGCCUGCCUUAAAGCAGACAAUACUGAUGCUCACUUUGUAAAAGGUAUGAUUCAAUUCUUCCAAUCUCAAAAUCAAGUCCUAGGUCUACAUCACAUCCACAUAGCAUCAAAGAGUGGUCACCUACAAGGAAGAUACAUUUUUGGUGUUCUCCUCAUGGCCAUCGGCGAGACAGACAAAGGAAUCAAAAUCAUCAACAACCUCACGGAAGAGAAAGGUAUUUCGUUGGUUGAGGAUUGA